UCCCUUGCGGUUUUUGCUCCGCCCCGUCUUGUGGCGAUAACUGCCACGGCUUUCUCCGAGUCAAACGGAGAAGCAGGUGAAAUGCAGCCACCAAGGUUUCUCAUCGUCGCAUUGUGGCUUUCGUCGACUGUCGCUAGAAGCGCCCAGGAGUGCAGGAACGAGUACAAGAAGUUGCGGCCUACACACACCGCCUGUAAGCCGGCCAACAAGGAGUGCACAAUCAAUAAGAAGGGCGUCAGCGCGGCCGAGCGCCAGCUCAUACUGAAGGCCCACAACGACUACAGGAGUACGGUGGCCACCGGCAAGCUCAGGGGCUUCCCUCCAGCCACGAACAUGCGGCAGCUCGAGAGGAACGAGGAGCUGGCAUCCGUGGCACAGGCCAAGGCCGAACAGUGUACCGACAGGCGGGGAACCCUAAAACACGACUCGCCCGAAGAGCGUUUCAUCACUGAAUUCAAUAAGACGGGACAAAACAUGGCUUUCCGGAGGAGUAAUGUUGCUUUCAACAGCACGGACUGGCCCGUUCAGAUGAAGGCCUGGUUCGAUGGGCACAGCCACUACUCGCCAAGCAACGUGAACAGGUUCUCGACUUCCUCGGAGAGCUCGGCGGGUCAUUUUACCCAAGUUGUAUGGGCGACAGCGCGCUACGUGGGCUGCGGCUACGUCGACUACGCCGUCGCCGGCGUCUCGGUGAUGCCGCACAUGCAGCUGUACGUCUGCAACUACGCUGGCGGCGGCAACGUCCUGACAUUGCCCGUGUACCAGGCCGGAGAAGUCUGCUCCGCUUGCCCGAACGAUACUGCGUGCGCGCAGGAUACGGGGCUGUGCACACUUAGUACGGUUGGUGGCGCGGCUGACAAAGGACGAGAGAUGUCUUUUAAGGGUUCGCAUGCGCCUCACGCAGUGCCAGGCGCCACCGGAAAGCGUCCGGGUAAGCCUGAACGCCAGCGUAGCUUGAGCGACGCAAGCUUCCCAUUUAUUCGUAGAAACGGCGGGCCUACGAUUCUUAGCCCGUCAUGGCACCUGGCUUCGUGUGUGAAUGCUGCUUCCUACGGAGCGUCGCACAGACAGCGCGCGUCGUUUACAUAGAUGGGAGUAAGUGGGUUACGCUGUCUUGUGCCACAUCAUGGCACGUACAUGUAUGACUUGGUUCAGCGUGCAUUGUCAUAUUAUCAGUUUUGCAACUUUUUUGUUGAUUUCAUCGUGUUGCAUGAUUGCUACUGUACCAUAGUGCACAACUUAUACGGCGGCUAAUCGCAAUAACAAGCGAACAAAUUGCCAAGUGGUGACACCGGUGCCGUCAGAGUGCACCAGAUGAUCCCCUUAGUAAGUACAACGAGGAUUGAGAAACGUUCAAGAAAAACACAUUUAUUAGAUUUUUUCUAUAAUGAAGGCAUCGCUAAAAAUAAAUAUCAAGUAUAAAAUGUUUUCACAAUAGAAAAAAAAAC